CCCUUCUUGUCUUUCCUCAUAUUCCCUCCCUCCCAAUUAGUUUAACCCCACCCACCACUGGGACGACUGAAAGAGAGAAAGAGACCUAGUUGUGAUCGGUGAUCGGUGAUCGGAGAUGGCUUCGACAGAAGGAAUUGUGCCGAUAACGAGGGCUUAUCUGGCUUCCUACUACGACAAGGGAAGGUCGGAAGCGAAGCGGGAGCCGCCUCACAAAAUUGAUGAGAAUAUGUGGAAAAAUAGAGAGCAGAUGGAGGAGAUACUCUUUCUUCUCCAACCAUCUCGUCAGCUUGGGAUCACAUCACAUGUCAAGGACAAUUUUGAUAAUGUUCUGGCCGCUAUCAUUUCCUUCCAGACUAAAAACUCUGACCGCGUCUUUACCACAGUUAUGACCUACAUGCCUCAAGAUUUCCGUGGAACACUCAUCAGACAGCAGAAGGAGAGGUCUGAGAGGAACAAACAGGCCGAGGUUGAUGCCUUGGUUUCCUCUGGAGGCUCCAUACGCGACACUUAUGCUCUCCUCUGGAAUCAGCAGAUGGAGCGGAGGAGACAGUUGGCUCAGCUAGGCUCUGCCACUGGUGUCUACAAAACCCUUGUCAAGUACUUGGUUGGGGUUCCACAGGUCUUGUUGGAUUUUAUUCGACAAAUUAAUGAUGAUGAUGGGCCUAUGGAAGAACAACGAGAACGUUAUGGACCUCCUCUUUAUACUCUUACAAAAAUGGUGACGACAAUCCGGGUUUUCUUAACCCUUCUUUGGGAAAGAUAUGAUACUUUCAAACUGAAUAAAGACCAAAUGAAUCUCCUCUCUGGAGCUGCUAUCGUCUACGCAUCUGAGUUUGAAAGAUACGUCACCUUUAUCAGCGAUGUAUUUGCCAAUUCCCCCUUCUUCAUUUCAGCAGAUACCGCUGGGAUAUUGGGUUCAAGGGAAAAUGAGGAGUACAAAGAGAUAAUCGUCCAAGCUGGCAGAACCUUUGAGGUCUCAUUGAUGGUGGAGUCCGAAAAUUCAUAUAUUGGUUGGGAUUUCUCCUUGAUGCAAGGCAAGAUAAGCAUGGAUAUUGGAUUUAGUGUGGAGUACGUAAGUGCUUCAGGGGAAAAGACUCUGAUAUUACCUUACCAUCGGUAUGAAGCUGACCAGGGAAACUUUUCUACGCUAAUGGCUGGAAACUACAAACUUGUUUGGGACAAUUCAUAUUCAACUUUCUUCAAAAAGACUCUUCGAUAUAAAGUGGAUUGCAUACCACCAGUAGUGGAGCCGAAAGUGGAGGAUGAAGGUGGACUAGAGUCAUGAAAACUCAUCAUCCAUCUGUACAAAGACAAAACUUUUACCCUCUGAAAAACAUGAAUGAAACAUCAUAAGUAUCUGUUGCGGCCUCUUAGAGGAAUAUAACUAUCUUGUUUGCAUUACUUCAAAAAAUCAUUGCCAAGUAAGAAAGUGUGGCGAUUGAAGGGGCAUACUCUAUUAUCGAUGUAAUUUGGUUGGUUCAGUAGACCUCCUAUCCAACUGCAAAAAAUAAGUAAAAAGCAAAUACUCUAAUUGGCAAUUAA